UGCGUAGGAGUCAGGGCGGCAGGUUACAGGUUGUUAUUAGAUUGUAGUGGCCUUGAGGUUGUUGUUGUUUGGGCCGUAGACGCACAGAGGUUUUGACGAGACGACGUUUGGUGGUGAUGGUGGUGGGGUUGUGGGUCGCGUCAGCAGGUAGUGGCUGUAAGUGUUGUGGUUGUGCCGACAGAGGGGGGUGGAGGUGCUGGCGGCUCCCAGACUAGCGAGGGCGGAGGAGGAGGAGGAGGAGGGGGAGAGGGAGGAGGGCGGCGCGAGGGGCCACGUGAUGGAAGACUCCGGGGCAACGCUGACGCUCACCAUCCUGCCCGCGGCGGCCUCCGCCCCCCACCCGCCCCCCGCCGCCGCCGCUGAGAGGCCCAAGUCCCCCGGCAGACCCGCCGCCGAAUCUGCCGCCGCCGCCGCCGCCGAGGCCGAGGCGCCGCACGAGGCCCAGACGCCGCCGCCGCAGGAGCCGGAGGGCGCGGCGGCGAAAGAGGCUUCCUGUGGGGCGGCGGGUGCCUGGGGCGCAGCGGAGGGCGGUGCCGGGGGCCAGCGGUGCCCCAAGAGCGACUACCCUUCCUCCCUUCACGGCGGCGGCAGGGGGGUGGCGGCCCCGUGUUGCCCCGAGCAGCCCCAGGACCGAGGUGACGCCGGCGGGCCGCCAGCCGCCGCCGGGAGGGUGGUGGCGGCGGGCCCCGUGUCGCAGCUGAGCAAUCCUCGCCACGACGCCCACCUCGCCCACGCCAUCAGGGAGCUGCACGAGGAGGAGUUCGGCCUUGACGCCGUGCUGCUGGCGGAGGGCGGCCACGUGGGCGCCCACUGCGCCGUGCUGGCCGCCGCCUCGCCAUUCCUCAAGAGUCUGCUGCUGCACGCCGCGGACCACCCCGCCAUUAUCUCCGUCACAGACACGCCCCUGGAGGCCCUGCAGGCCCUGGUCACCUGCCUGUACACGGGCACCGUCCCCAUCGACGCCAACCUCCUCCACCUGGCGGAGGUCGCCCGCCUCCUCAAGAUGGACGACCUGAGCGCCGUGCUACAGAAGGCCUUCCUUGCCCAGGGCCCCCUGUUGGAGCUGAGCCGCCCCCAGCCCCAGCCCCCCCGGCCCCCCCAUGGCUCGCAUCUGUCCUCGCACGCAGACUACCGUCGGGAAAGGUCCGGUAAGAAGGUCCGCAGCAACCGUCUGGAUCAGAUCCUGUACAAGAAGCUGAACGUGGACCACCUGGCGCCCGCCGAGGCCGCGGAGCCCGGCCCCGGCCCGCCCGCUGCCGCCGAGUGCCCCCGCGUGCCGGGGCUGCUAGACCCCUCACGCGGGGCGGCGCCGGACCUGCGCGGUGGCAUCCUGGGGGAGCUGCUGACCAAGGCCGACCCGCUGAGGACGGUCUUUGCCGCCGGCAGCUACGCCUUCGCCGACCUGGGCCUUGACGCGUCCCUCAAGCCCCUCAACCUCUCCAAGGCUGCCAAGGGCCAGGCGGCGGACCCUUCGCCCACCUACUGCUCCACCGCCAGCACGGCCAGCUCGGCCUCCAGCCUGACCCCCCAGACCGAGCUGGGCCUGGCGGGCCUCCCCUCGCUGGGCCCCGCGCUGCCCGCCGCCAUGUCCGGCCUGCUGGCGCCCAACAUGAUCUCGCCCGCCGCCCUCGCCACCCUCACCUCCUCCUCCAUGCUGGCCUCCCUCGGGGCCCAGCAGGCGCGCGCCAGGGCCGCCACGCCUACCGCCACCAGCACCCUCACCACCACCAACACCACCACCACCGCCAAGAGCCGCAACGGCAGCAGCAGCCUCAGCAGCAGCAGCAGGGCCGGGGGCAGCAGCAGCCCGUCUAGUCAGCACAGCAGUCAGCACAGCCCGCACAGCCUGCCGCUGCUGUACACCCUCAAGAGCGGCCUGCUGAGCCCCGAGGCGGCCAAGGAGGUGUACGAACAGCUGCGGCUGCACCCCCACCUGGCGUCGCUGCCCUCCCUGGACACCCUGCACGGCCUGUCCUCCCUGCAGGCCUCGGCCAGCCUGCACACCCUGGCCGGCCUGCACAGCCUCGCCGCGCCCCACGCUUUCCCCUCACUCUUCCCCUUCCUGGCCCACGACGCCGCCAAGGACUCCCCUGGGCCGGGGGACGCGCGCGGCGGCCACAGCCCCCGGGCCGGCUCCCCCGAGGAGCAAGGGGCGCUGAACCUGAGCAGCAGUGCCACGCAUCCGUACGGCGACUCCCCCAGACCCGCGGCUGGGGAGGAGGCCGCCACCCCCGACUCCAGCACCCCCGCCGGUCACGCGCCCCACGGCGAGGAGGGCGAGGCUGGGGAGCAGGGGGCGCGGCGCUCCCCCUCCCCCGACGGCUCGCACCUCAACAGCUGCCCCACGCCCCACACCCCACACCCCCGCGCCAACAGCCUGAUGGACUCGGGGCAGGGCGAGGGUCCGCCCCCUGACGCCCUGCCCCCGGGGCUGCAGCACCACCCGGGGGCCGCCGCCGCCGCCUCGCUGCUGGCAAACGGCAUGGACGGCGCCAGUCUGCCCCUGCUGCUGAUGAGCUCCGGGGCAGCGGGGCUGGCGGGACUGACGCAGCCCCACCCCGACCAUCACCACCAUCUCCACCACCAUCACCACCACCACCACCUGCCCAAGACCGUCGAUGCGUCCGUAGAGACCACGCCCACCACAAAGCAGCAGAUGGGCCGCAAGAGGAAGGGCUGCGGGGAGUGUGAGGGCUGCCAGGUGGUGGAGGACUGUGGCCAAUGUAGGUUCUGCCGGGACAAAGCCAAAUUCGGAGGGCCUAACCGUCUCAAGCAGGUGUGUGUGUACAAGCGCUGUGUCCUGGCCGAGAUGGAGCCCGAGGACGCCAAGAAGAGGAGGAAGACUGCCGGGAAGAAGGGCCGAGGGAAGUGUGGCGGCUGUGACGGCUGCCAGCGCACCCUCGACUGCAAUGAGUGUUAUGCCUGUCUCCACAACGCCGCCGCCCAGCCUCCUGCACGCCGCAAGGUGUGUGAGAUGCGCGUGUGUGAGCAGCAGCAGAUGGAGGAGGUGCGUGCUGCCCUCAGCGUGGCGGGAGAACCUUCGCCUUACUCCACCGACUCCCUUAUGGCGGAGACACUCAGCAUAGGGUCUUCAGGCGCCUCCAGCCCCACGCCCGACGGCCUGCCCAGCACACACAACGACAAGAUGAAGCUGAUGCGCAAGAUGCUGAAGAAAAAGUUUGCACAACCCUACAGCCGGGUAAGCCCCCCUAAGGUUCGGACCAAGUACUACUGCGGCGAGUGUCCCGGCUGCCAGACCACCGUGCCGUGCGGGAACUGUCUCUACUGUGAGGACAUGCCCAAGUUUGGCGGCCCUGGGCGGUACAGGCAGAAAUGUGUGAAGCAGCUGUGUGUGUACCACCCUCGCCUGCAGGCCCUCAAACUGUCCAACCGCUCCAAGCUGACCUACGACGAACAGCACAUCUCCCAGGAAACACUGUCGCACCUCAGCGUCUCCCUGCCCCAGCCCCCAGACGAGGCGAUCGACUUAGGGUGCGGGGACAGCCGGGAGCACAUGGAGGAGGUGGAUAGCCUGGAGGAUCAAGCGGAUGAGGUGGAUGACGUCACGGAGGGAGAGGACAGCAACGCCACCAUCCACGUGAUUGAUGAGCCAGGCGACAUCAAGGAGGAGAUGCACCCCAAGCUGGAACGCUCCUCUCCCCUCCCCCUCUCAAGAUCCCACCUCUCCCACAUACCCUCCUCCUCCGCCUCCCUCAUCCACCACCCCCUCGCUGGCCUCCCUCACUCAUCGGUACUCACCCCCGCGGCGGCUGUCCUCUCAUCCGCCGCCGCUGCCGUGCUCUCGUCCGCCGCCGCCGCUGCCGCUGCUGCCGUCAUACCGUCUGCCGCGUUUUCCUCGGCGGCUGCAGCGGCUGUUAUAUCCUCCGCCGCCGCCGCCAGAUCCACUCCGUCUAUGUCCAUCCCGUCGUCGGCGGUUGAUAUCGUCGCCGCUGCCGCGCGUUCUCACUCCCACCACCUCCAAAGUCUUUCCCACGGUGGUCUUCUCCCCCCGUCUGCUACUCCUGCUCUCCCUUCUGCUGUCCUGCCAUCUGCUGGAGGCCUCCCACCGACUGUGUCCCUCCCGUCGGCCCCUGCUCUGCCCAGUACAGCGUCUCUCCCGUCUUCGGCAGCUCUCCCAAGUGCGUCGUCCCUCCCAUCGACGGCCCUGCCAAAUAUCGCAUCGCUGCCCCCUCUCGGAGCUCUGCCAAAUGUGUCUCUCCCAUCAACGGCGUCGCUCCCCCACCUCCCCCCCACUACUGCAGCUCUGUCCCUCACUUUUACUCUCCCAAAUACUGCGAGUCUCCCACCGACGGCGUCCCUCCCAACAACGGCCGCUCUCCCAUCUACAUCAUCGCUAUCCUCCUCAGCGUCACUCUCAAGCGCACAGACUUUCCUAUCCACGGCAUCCCUUCCACCGUAUCCACUCCUCCCUACUCCUGCCCUUCCACCCACUGCUCCACUGGCAUCCAUACCCACUCUCCCACCCGCUCCCCUGCUCCACCUGCCACCCACUCCCGUCAACCCACCUACCACUGCUAUGCCAUUAACUGCAGUGGUAUCGACUAUCGUGAGACGUUCCCCUACUCCCCCUACUGUUUUCCUUCCUGCUUCCCCUCCUGCUGCAAGGCCAGACAGCAGUACUAGUCCCCCUCCUCCUUCUCCUACUGUCACAACCACUACUACUGUCACCACCACCACCACCUCCGUCUUCAACACCAUUGGGACAAACACCACUCCACCCUCCACCACUAGUCCGAUAACCACCACCACUGAUAGUUUACCUACCACUAACACUACCACCUCCUCCCCUCCUGGUUCUCCCGUCCCCUCCCCCACCACCACUAUCAAUGUUGCAUCUCCACUCCCCCCUCCCAGUACCACUCCCCCCCCAACCAACACCACCCCUUCAGUCAUUACCAAAGUGUCGACAUCUCUCAACACCACUAGUGAAGCCCCAGCCAGUGACACCACCACCACCACCACCAUCACCAGCACCUCACCAACCCCACCACCACCACCCACUGUCACCACCACUACACCCACUGCCUCCUCCCCAAGCCCACCACCAACAACAACCACAACCACAACAACCACCAGUCCCCCCUCGCCAGACCCUCCCCCCAUGAGCGAAACCGAAACCAUCAACACCAGUAGAGCAACACCACCUCCAACACCACCACCACUCGGGCCCACCCCCACCACCCCGCCAAGCACCCCCCCAACCUCAGGCACCCCCGCCAAGCCCCCGUCACCCAGCGUCACCCCAAAGGAAACGGAGACGGUGGAGAUGGUGGAGGUGGAAGACGAUGAUGAAAAUGAUGAGGAUUACGACGAGAAUGUGGAUGUCUUGACGGAGGGUUCGGACAUACCUUCCCCGCCCUCCACCCCGUCGCCCCGGCCCAGAACGCGGGGCAAAGGGCGCUCCGUGGGGCAGGGACGGGGCCAGGUGCGGAACAACAAGGCAAGCAGCAUCAUUGAAACGAGACGAAGCACGGCCAUGAGACGAGGGAGCCGGAGGAGGACGACGCGGUUCAAACUGGACCCCGACGACAACUCCGACUUCGAGGAGCUGUUGGAGGAGCUGGAUUCAGGCGGGACCAGGCGGGACGCAGCAGCACUGCCCCUCAAGAACACCCCAGGCAAGGAUGCAGCCCUGAUGGCACCCCAAGAGAAGCCCCAGGUGGACACUACAAGCCCUCUGGUCAUGGUGGUCGGGGGGCGGGGGCGUAUGGGGCAGCGGGGGCGAAUGGUGAACCGGGCGCAGAACACGGACCCUCCGGCCAUCUUUGAGUACCAGGAGGGGCGGGAGUGUGUGGUGGAGGGGCGGGUGGUGGAGGCCGGCGCGGUUGAAGGCGGCGUGGCCCUCAAGCACCCUGGCGGCCCCUGUGUCUUCCCCGAGGAGGAGCUGAGUCAGGGCGGAAGGGAUGUGAAUGAAAAUGUUGGUGCCAUCAGUGAGGCGGCUUCGGCAUAGCAGUGAGCCACCACCCCUGUCGUCUCUGCCGCCCCAGCUGCCGCCGCCGCUGCACCCCGGAAGUACAACUACCCCCACUUGCCCAUGGCCAGUGGUCCUAGAUGAUACCUGUACAGUGCUGACAGACUUAACAUAUAUAUAUUUGUACAUAGCCGCCAGACAUUAUGUGUUACGUGUGUUGUGUGUGUGUGUGUGUGUGUGUGUGUACAGGCUUAGGCAUCGCUGUUGAUGGAGAGAGAGAGAGAGAGAGAGAGAGAGAGAGAGAGAGAGAGAGAGAGAGAGAGAGAGAGAGAGAGAGAGAGAGAGAGAGAGAGAGAAUGGGGGUAGAGCUAGGGAUGGGUGACUGUAUUUAGCUGUUUUCUGUUGCUCACAGAGAGAGAGAGAGAGAGAGAGAGAGAGAGAGAGAGAGAGAGAGAGAGAGAGAGAGAGAGCGAGAGAGAGAGAGAGAGCAUAGUGAAGCAGUCAGUCUAGUUCCUGAGUGUGUGCAUAACGUCAAAGCUUUAUUUUUAAGCUUUUUGAAACAAAAAAGACAAACGUCUUAUUCAUAAGGAUGAGAGAGAGAGAGAGAGAGAGAGAGAGAGAGAGAGAGAGAGAGAGAGAGAGAGUCCAGUCAGAGCUAGUCAGAGGGAGUAAAAAGACUUAGUAAAAACACAAGACUAGAGAGAGAGAGAGAAUAAUUUUCGUCAAUAUUUUUGGUGUAGUCUUAAGAGCUCUUGCCCAAAAUGAUGCAAAAUAUAAAAAAGAGAAUUAAGUGCCAUUUCUCCUGUUUUCCGCCACAGUGGUGGAGUAUGAACUAUAACACUGAUAGCGACAUGAAUAACAGUAAUGUCAAGUUUGUGAGUGUGGUAGUCGAUGAUGUUCCCUAAAUUUACGGCAAUUACUCUUUCUUAAUUUUUUUGAGAAAGUACAAAGUGGAGUGAAUGAGAACGGGAUGAGUGAGGGAAGGAGAGAGAGAGAGAGAGAGAGAGCGAGAGCGAGAGAGAUGCUGAUCCACGUGUAAACAAUAAUAAUAACGAUAUAAAUAGUCUUGUGAACGAUGUAGUCAAGUUUCUCGGUUGAGUUUAAGUUGUUGUUCCUGUCUUGUUUCCCCUCGUGGUGUUGACGCUCUUGAGAGUUUAUGAUUCGUCACCUCACCACCGACUCCUUCCUCCUGCACCCGUGACGAUAGUGACGACGACGAUGAUAGUUUUUCUGUUACGUUUAUAUUCAUUGUGAGGGUUUGAGGGUCGGUCCGUGCUCACUCACUCUGCCUGUUACGACUUGCACCGGGAAAAAUGGAAAAGAAAUAGAUGAAGUAGAGGAAAUCAUGCGUCUGGGAAAAGAAUGAGAAGCGGAAAAACUAUAAAAAUGUUUGCAUCUGGAAAAGUAGAGGAAAAGUGUGAAUCUGGACAAAUAUAAGUAAGAAAAAUAGGAAAAAAAGUGUGGGCAUCCAGAAAAGUAGAGGAAAAGUAUGAAUCAAAGUUGGAAAAGUAAAAAAAAAUAGUGUGUGCAACAGGAAAAGUAGAGGAAAAGUGUGAAUCUGGAAAAAUAAAAAGUGGAAAAAGUAGAAAAUGAAAGUGUAUGCAUCUGGAAAAGUAGAAGAGUAUGAAUCUCUGGAUAAAUAUAAAGUGGGAAAAGUAGGAAAAAAAGUAUGCAUCCAGAAAAGUAGCAGAAAAGUAUGAAUCUGGAUAAAUAUAAAGUUGAAAAAAGUAGGAAAAAAGUUUAUGUAUCCAGAAAAGUAGAAAAGUAUGAAUCUGGAUAAAUAUAAAUUUGGAAAAGUAGACAAAAAAAAAAUUACAUGGAUCAGGAAAAAAAAAAGCUGAAAUGAAAACACCAAAACAGAAGAAGCAGACAAAUCCUUGGUAAACAUGAAAAAGCAAACUCAUAAAUAUUCUGAAAUGACACCACGAGAUCAUUUCUUUAUACUUCAUCUCAAAUUGACCAGAAAAAAGCUGAAAUGAAAACACCAAAACAAAAACAGACAGAUCCUUGGUAAACAUGAAAAAGCAAACUCAUAAAUAUUCUGAAAUGACAACACGAGAUCAUUUUUUUAUACUUCAUCUCAAAUUGACGAGAAAAAAGCUGAAAUGAAAACACCAAAACAGAAGAAGCGGACAAAUCCUCGUAAUUUUGGGUGGCGGAGAAAGUCUCGUUCUGCAUCACUUCUUCACCGGGACAAAGCUACCCUGGAGGAAAAUAAAUAAAAAGACAAUUAAUAGAUAUCGUUGAAAUAGAAAAAAAUAAAAAGACAAAAAAAUCAUGUGCUGUGGAAGGUAAACAUGAAAAAGCAAACUGAUAAAUAUUCUGAAAUGACAACACGAGAUCAUUUCUUUAUACUUCAUCUCAAAUUGACGAGAAAAAAGCUGAAAUAAAAACACCAAAACAGAAGAAGCAGACAAAUCCUCAUAAUUUUGGGCGGCGGAGAAAGUCUUGUUCCGCAUCACUUCUUCACCGGGACAAAGCUACCCUGGAGGAAAAUAAAUAAAAAGACAAUUAAUAGAUAUCGUAGAAGUAGAAAAAAUAAAAAGACAAAAAAAUCAUGUGCUGUGGAAGGUAAACAUGAAAAAACAAACUGAUAAAUAUUCUGAAAUGACAAUGAGAUUAUUUUUUUAUACUUCAACUUUAAGCAGAAAAAAGCUGAAAUGAAAACACCAAAACAGAAAAAGCAGACAAAUCCUCGUAAUUUUGGGCGGCGGAGAAAGUCUUGUUCCGCAUCACUUCUUCACCGGGACAAAGCUACCCUGGAAGAAAAUAAAUAAAAAGACAAUUAAUAGAUAUCGUUAAGCUUCUCGGCGGAUUCUCUUCUAUACCUGAGCUUAUAUUUAUUAUGGGAAGAAAAACAUAGAUAAAAAGGGAGCUUGACGUAAGGCACAAAAAUGAACAAGUCGCAAUCUGUCAAUCAGUCAGUGGGGCCAUACGUCACAUCGCAAAAAACAUGAGUAAUAAAGUAAUGGAUAAGUCACAAUAGAGAUGGAUAAAUGUAUAAACAAACCAUGACCAAGGAGAACAUGGAGAGGAACAGCGCAACAAGACUUAGAAGUGUUAGAAAUAAAGGAAGGAACAGCGCUGGACCGAGCAAGGUUGAGGAGGAUCAUUGCAGUUCCAACCCUGAGAAUGUGAGAAAGAUGGAUAAAUAUUCUUGAUUUUGACACAAGGUUAUUUAUACACCUCAAAUCAGCGUCUCGGAGUCCAUGGCAUCAACCCAGGUACGAGUCGAAGUGUGCACGGACAGACGCACGAACCCCAGCUGGCGAUGGUGCGAGUGUGUGUGAAUUCAAGGCUUCAUUUGAUCUUUGUUGAGUGACGAUUUCGAUGACUGUGUUUCCAAGAGCUUUUCCCUGUACAUACACCCCGGCACGCCCCGUACACACUCCCCUCGCUGUGAGAGACUCGGCAUCUGUGUGUGUUUGCUUGAAGGCAGUAUAACGUAUAUGAGAAUACUGUAUUUUGUUAUACAAGCUACAAAAUGUUCCAUGUUCAGCGUUCCUACAUUGUUUUAGUUAUUAGUGUGUAGAGCUAUAUUCAGAAAUACUAGAAUCUUGGCCAUAUAAAUAUAUAUAUAAAAGAAGAUUAUAUAUAUACAUACACAUACAUACAUACAUACAUACUCUAGAGAUAUUUACUACAUAGGAACUUGCUGGAGCUGAGUAUGGCAUAAAUGAAAGAUGAAUUCUCUCAUCUUUGGGUCCCUAUAAAUGAAUAUUAUGAAUUAUUCCUUUAUGUUAAAAAAUGACAAGUAUGUGUUGGCUGUUCAUGCACCUUUAUCCUGGUACACACACACACACACACACACACACACACACACACACACACACACACACACACACACACACACACACGUACAUACAUACACUUGUUUGGCAUCCUCAUGUGAAAAAAAAGUAUAAAAAAUGUCCUAAAAAAAAAUAAAAACAAACAAACAAAAAAAAUUAUGAAGAAAUGUUAUGACAAAAAAUGAGGUAGAGAGAGAGAGAGAGAGAGAGAGAGAAAUUUCAGCACUGUGGCAUGUAUCUUAUAAGAGGGGUAAGGGAGGGGGGUACAGGGAGGUUCUAGUCCACAUUCUUACUUCAAACUUAACCUCCUCAAUUUAAACUCCCCAAACUUAUUACUUAUCAUCAUCAUUAUUGCUAUUUAUCCAUCUUUACUUUCUUUACUUGCCCCCCAAUCCCUCCCUCUUACCCUCCUCUUCCUCCUGUUAUUCCUCUUCCGUCGGCCGUUCCGUUCCGUCGUAACACUCGCACACACACACGUAUACGAACUUCAGUCUUAGCUGCAGAGAAGGGAGAGGGAGGGGGAGCCAUGGAGAGAAGAGGGGGGAGGGAGGGGGGCUGUUGUAUGUAGUGGGGGGGGUAUAGGUAUAGGACAUGCUGGCUAUAUAUUUUUCUGGAUAGGAGAGAGAAAGAGAGAGAAGGGGAGAGGGAGGGAGAUAAACAUGAGCUUAAGUUAAUUCCACUAGUUCUUCCGGCUCUCCCUUCCUUCCUGCCCCGUUUCCCUUUCCCCUUUCUCUCGUUAAUCUUUCUUCCCUAAUUUGACCUAAAGCAGAUCAAUGUACACUAUAGACAGGGAAGUGUGGGGGGAGAGAGAGAGAGGAAGGAAGAGGAGAAAGAGAGAAGGAGGAGAUGAAGGAUAGAGGGGAGAGAUAGUGGAGGAUGAAGAGAAGGAUAGAGAGGGGUAAAGAGAAUGGAUGAGGAGGAAGAAGAGAGAUAGAGGAGGAGGAUAGAGGGAAGGGGAAAGGUAGUGGGGAUGAAGAGAACGAUAGAGAGGGGUAAAGAGAAGGGAGGAGGAGGAAGAAGAGAGAAAGAGGAGGAGGAUAGAGGGAAGGGGAAAGGUAGUGGGGAUGAAGGGACAAAGUGAGGCCAUUAAAGAUUCGAAACCAACUGAUGAGUGGAAGUUCUGAGUGUCAUAAAUAAUAGAGGAGAGCAACUUAAGGUGUGUGAGUGAGGGAAGUGGAGUAAAAAAAAUAAAUGAAACCCUCCCACUUUUUUUAAUUUUUUUAUUUUUUUUUUGGUAUGACGUACGAACCCACACACAAACGCUGCCAAACACACAGACAGACAUACAAAAUGUACACAACAGACAUACCGCACGGUGUUCAGUGUAAGUUUCAUUAAAGCAAACUGUAAAGAGA